CCCAGAAUUUCAUUAGGUCAGUAGGUACCUAAUUAAUAAAAAAUAAAUUUCAAUUUCCAAAUGUAAUAAUCGUAUCGUACAAUUUUCAUUGGUUUAUUUUUCCUACAAGUAAAUGAGGGAAUAGUUAUUUCCUCCGCACAUUUUCAUUCGAGAUCGCACCUUACUCUCAAUAGGCCAAAGCGGUGUUAGAAAAUAAGCGGAUCUGGUGUGUUUUUAAGUGAAAUUUAUAUGUAAAAUCGCAUCAUGUUGAUUCCUGCUUUAUUGUUGAAUAUAGCCGUCGUUGCGAUGUUUCUCACUACGGUUUCAUUUAGUGGAUUAAUGAUAUGGCGUGAGAGCAAGCAUUCUCAAAAUACAACCACAGUCCGCCCCACCACUAAACCGACAAGGCCGACAAUAAGUCCUCCGACACGGCCGCCAGGUCCUACGCCACCGCCAGGGCCUACAAUAAGUCCUCCGACACGGCCGCCAGGUCCUAAGCCACCGCCAGGGCCUACAAUAAGUCCUCCGACACGGCCGCCAGGUCCUAAGCCACCGCCAGGGCCUACAAUAAGUCCUCCACCUCCAGGUCCUACGCCACCACCAGGGCCUACAACGAGUCCACCGUUUCCAACACCACCUCCACACUAUAAACCAUGGUUUCCAGACCCGCAGGUGAAAAUAGAUCCUGAAAAAAUAUUGAAUCGAACAGUCAGAAGAGCGUUGAAACCCUGCAACGAUUUUUACUUUUUCGCAUGUGGUGAAGAAAACGAGUCAACUCCAAGCAUGGAAACCGAUGAUAAUAUAGUAUUGACGAAAACAAUGAUUGAAAAAAAGUAUAAUGAUAUACUCGGCAAACCCGAAACAGCAGAGGACAUUGCACCACUGAAGUUGGCCAAACAACUGUAUAACCAAUGUAAUGAAAAAAAGCCCGGCGAUUCCAAUGAAAUUCAAGAACUGAUUUCAAAAUUUGAAGCACUUCGCAAUAACUUACCAGAUAGUAAAGCUGUACUGAAAAGUUUUUAUGAAACUGCACUCGAUAAUGGAUAUCUUCCGAAAUCUUUGUUCGUAAUCGAUAUGGUUACAAAGAAAGAAUCUCAAAGAUAUGUAUAUAUAAGAAAACCGUCACAUGAGGACAAUUUCUACGGAUGGCCAUUGGAUACAACAUCAUUACGCGCAGACAAGAAAGAAUUAGAAAACGCGUUGAAAAAAGAGAAAAAUGCAGCCAAUUAUGAAAAAUACAUUCGACCCAGAUGGGAAGAAGAAGAAGGACAGAUUGCUGAAGCUUACAAAUAUAUAUACGAGCCACAAGAAACUACGAUUCAAUCAUUAGCAAUGCUGGUGGAUAAUUAUCCAUUGGUAGAGAUAAUUCGCAAAACUUUUUCACCGUCGAUGAUUCAUGAUGAUCAAAGAGUCAGGGUGGAAUGUGUGCCAUGCCUGAGGGCUGCAUUGAACUCGCACAUUGUAACCAAUAAUAAAGAAUCUUUUCUGACGUACUUGAUACGGCACGCGUUGGCAGAUAAUUUAUUGGAUAUUUCAGAACAAGCACUUGAGGGAUGGAUUAAAGAACGAUUUGGUACAACUGAACCCAUUGAACGUUAUAAGGCUUUGUUUUGUUCUUCAAAAACAGUCAGCUUAUUCAAAAAAGCGAUGGAUUAUGCAUACAUUAAAAACUAUGUCGAUCCAAAAAAGAUCGAUCUUAUAAAUCAAAUUGUCGAAUUUUCAAAAACUUCAAUGAGAUAUCUCGUAAAGAAAUCAGGCGUGGAAGAGCCGAAAAAGGAUAAACUCUAUACAAUCAUAGAGACCUUCAAAUACUAUACACCUCUUCACGGAGAUCUAAGCAUUGAAAAAGACAUAACAGAUUUCUAUUCUGGCUUGCAGCUGGAUGCAGCGUCUUACCGCAAAUCAUUAGAAAUCGUUAGGAAAUUUGUGAUGGAUCGUGCCGCAAAAAGAUUCCGCUUAACAGAUGGCUUUGAUAUACCAAUACAAGCGUACAAGUUUAUGUUUGGAGAACAAUUUAUGCACUAUGACAGAGAUGUAAAUUCCGUUUACUUGUCGGUGAAUGCUUUGCAAGACAUGUUUUUAUCAACGGACAGAUCAGCGUUUUUGAAUUUUGGAGGUUUCGGAUCAAACAUCGGAUCUGCAUUAUCUCAAUCUGUCGUUAGCAAGCUUAACAAAGAUGCAGAGAACAAGCAGCUCGUAAAAUCAGUUUAUUUGGGUAUUCCUAUGGACGCGACUGGGAAUAAAGAUAAUUUUACAGAAUGUUUUGUAAACUCUUACAAGAAACACGGCUAUCCGACCAAGAAUGCAACCGAUAUGCUGAAUGAAAAGAAGGAAAAAGCAAUCGUAUACGAAAGUGAUGGUGUACAAGUUACGUAUCUUGCGUACAAGGACUUUAUUAACAAGACAGGCAAAAGAGACCAAGCUUUUCCUUCGUUUGUAAAUUACUCGGAUGGCGCAAUGUUUUAUAUUAGUUAUGCAAAUAUGGCACGCUUUAGAGAUCCACUAAUAAUCAAAGAAGAAGAUUACAUUCGAGCAUAUGCUAAAGUAAACGUAAUGGCUAAAACUAGCGUGAAUUUUGAUCAUGAAUUUUUAUGUGAAGUCCGGACGAUCGAGAAAUGUAAUGUUUGGUUAAAAGGGAGUUCAAAAAAGGCUAAAUUAAGAGAACAUUUCGACCUUUUUAUGCGAUAAAAGAUGAUUCUGUGAUAAGAAAUGCUAUACCUACCUACUUAUUUCCUCUCGAUUAAUGGCCAGCUGAUACUAAGAAAUCUUGUAGAUUUAGUUUCAUGUUAAACACCACCGCCAUUAGGUAUGUGAUAUGGAUUACAUAAGGUAUUCUGCUUGUGUUUUUCAACGUUCCAUCUUUCUUCUUGUUUUAUUUUGUGAGUAAUAUUGGAACUAUGUAAAUGCUUUGAGUUCUUUUUUUAAAAUGUGUUCUUCACUCUUUUCUACGUAUAUUUUUUCAUCUUCUUUGAAUAAACUGUUUUCGAGUA